UCAGAGGGAACAAAAAUCUGAUUCAGAAAUUGGUUUCGCUGGUCGUUUUGGUUCAAUCUCGACUUGCUGGUUUAUUCCGGUUGGGAAUUUUCGUAUAUUAAUAGUACCGGCGAAGCAGAAGCAAAUUUUUGUUAGGAGAAAACCCUAAAAUCUGCCAUGGAUAAGGAGAGAUCUUCCAGGAGCCACCGUGACGAUCGUGAUCGAGAUUCGAGUCCCGACCAUUCUCCACAACGUGAAGGCGGUCGCCGCCGUGACCGCAACGGUGAUUCCAAGCGUCGUGAUUCAGAUCACUACCGUUCAUCGAGGCGCGACGAUAGGGAAGAUGAGAGAGAUAGGACCAAGGAUAGAGCUCGGGGCAGAGGGGGAUCUGUAGAGCGAGGCGAGAGAGAAGGGAGUAGAGAUAGGGAAAAGCAUCACCAUGAGAGGUCUCGCGACGGAAGUAAAGAGAAAGAAUCGAGGAGCAAGAGGAAAGAGAGAGAGGAAGAGAAUGGGGCUAGGGAUGGGAAGAAGAAAUCUAGGUUUUCUGAUGGGAAUGGUGAGAGUAGGAGCAGGUUUGAGGAUGUGGCUUUGGAAGUUGAGAACAAAAAUCCUCAAGUCUCUGAGGCUUCUUCUGGGGCUGUGAAUCCAACCAGUGGCGUUACGAUUGGCGCUUCUUCAUAUAGUUCUGUUGCAUCGGAAGCUUCCAUGGCCCCUAGUCAAACACUGCUCACUAAGGUAUCUUCGAUAUCUACAACGGAUGAAAAUAAGGGUAGUAUUGUCAGAUCUCAUGAGGUUCCUGGAAAAUCUAGUACAGAUGGAAGACCACUGUCAACAGCUGGGAAAAGUAGUGCAAACUUGUCUCUUGAUUCAUCAGCGUUAGCCAAAGCUCAUAAAGCACUACAGUUGGGAAUGGGAUUGGCUGAAAAAUUGAAGAACCUUCCUUCGCUGAAGAAGGUUACUAAGCCAACUUCAGAAGGUAGCCCACAUACCAGAGUGCCAUCACCCGCUACCACUCCUGCUGCCUCUACAGGCACAUCUUCUGCUUCAGCAGUACCAUAUACUGGCCUUGCUGGCUUUGGAAGUAUUUCCAACAUUCAAGCUGUUAGGCGAGCUCAGGAGCUGGCAGCUAGGAUGGGAUUUCAUCAGGAUCCAUUGUUUGGUCCCGCUAUCAACCUAUUUCCAGGGCAGGCACCCUUAGAUAUGGCUGAUGCACAGAGACCGGAAAAGCCCCCUGUUCUGCGCGUGGAUGCACUAGGAAGGGAGAUAGAUGAACACGGAAAUGUGAUUAGUGUGACUAAACCAAGCAAUCUUAGUACAUUGAAGGUUAACAUAAACAAACGGAAGAAAGAUGCUUUUCAGAUUCUUAAACCUCAACUGGAAGCAGAUCUAAAAGAAAACCCCCAUUUUGACACAAGGAUGGGUAUUGAUGAAAAAAAGAUUCUGAGACCUAAACGUAUGAGUUUCCAGUUUGUUGAGGAAGGUAAAUGGACAAGAGAUGCUGAGAAUUUGAAGUUUAAGAGUCAUUUUGGUGAAGCAAAAGCGAAAGAGCUGAAGGUGAAGCAAGCACAACUGGCAAAGGCAACGGAUGAUAUAAAUCCAAAUUUGAUAGAGGUAUCCGAACGUGUCCCGAGAAAAGAGAAACCCAAGGAGCCAAUUCCAGAUACUGAGUGGUGGGAUGCAAAUGUCCUCAUCAAUGGCGAAUACGGUGACAUAGCUGAUGGCACCAUAACUGAAAGCCAUCUGAAGAUAGAAAAACUUACUCAUUACAUUGAGCAUCCGCGUCCCAUAGAGCCACCUGCAGAGGCAGCGCCUCCACCACCCCAACCUCUUAAACUGACAAAGAAGGAACAGAAGAAACUGCGAACCCAGAGGCGUCUAGCAAAAGAAAAGGAGAAACAAGAGAUGAUCAGACAAGGGCUGCUGGAACCACCAAAGGCAAAGGUGAAGAUGAGUAACUUAAUGAAGGUUCUUGGGUCUGAAGCGACCCAAGACCCAACCAAGCUUGAAAAAGAGAUCCGCACAGCAGCUGCUGAGCGUGAACAGGCUCAUACGGACAGGAAUGCGGCCCGGAAGCUAACCCCUGCAGAGAAACGUGAGAAGAAAGAGAGGAAGCUUUUCGAUGAUCCAACAACGGUUGAGACAAUUGUGUCGGUGUACAAGAUCAAAAAGCUAUCGCAUCCUAAAACAAGAUUCAAAGUGGAGAUGAAUGCAAGAGAGAACAGAUUAACAGGGUGUAGUGUGAUGACGGAGGGAAUGAGUGUGGUUGUGGUUGAGGGCAAGAGCAAAGCGAUAAAGAGAUACGGGAAGCUGAUGCUGAAGCGAAUAAACUGGCAAGAGGCAGAGAAGAAGGAUGAGAAUGAAGAUGAGGAAGAAGAAGAAGUGAAUGGCGGAAACAAAUGUUGGUUGGUUUGGCAAGGAAGUAUUGGGAAACCGAGUUUUCAUAGGUUUCAUGUACACGAUUGCGUGACGGAAUCCACUGCCAAGAAAGUUUUCAUGGAUGCUGGUGUUGUUCACUACUGGGAUCUCGCUUGCUCAGAGGAGAUGGCCAAUCUUACAGAAUAUCUGGAGAGGUCGAUGCAGAAUUGUUCACUUAUUGAUCGGAGAAGUAGUAUCGGAGAUGGAUUUGGUAUGAGCGAUGAACAUAUCCCGAUCUCAGAUAGAUUCUUGGAGCUCAAUUCUCACUUCUCUGUUCCUUCUCAUUUGGAACAGUGUCUUGAUCUUAAGACAGGAGAGAUCUACUACAGAAGCUGGAAUAGUGGAAUGAGAGUGAAGGAAGAUCCUAGAAAAUCGAUGAGCCGGGGCAACAAUGCAGAUCAAUCCAGUGGAGAAUCGUAUGGAACAGUGUUUUCAUCAGAAGAAGUUAGCUCGUAUUAUGAAAGCGAAGAGUCUUCAUCAGAGUCGUCGCCUUCAUCGAGAAAGAAUCACAAGUACAAAGAAGAAGAAGAUGAAGAUGUUCUUGUGGUAGCUGGUUGCAAAGCUUGUUUCAUGUAUUUCAUGGUACCUAAGCUCUUAAAGGAUUGCCCCAAGUGUGCAACUCAGCUUCUUCAUGACUUUGAUCAACUUCACUCUACUUCUCCUUGAAACUCUCUUUCUUUGUUGUUUUCUUUUCUCAUUUUCAUUUUUAUUUUUCAUCGCACAGAUUUGUGGCUUUCCUUUUAUAUAUGUCUUUGUCUUCUCCCUUUUCUAAAUCUCUUGAGUCGUAUAUGUAUAAACUAGUGGUCGUGUU